AUGGCCAAAAAUAUUCUAGCGAACCAGGACCCUAAGCUGCAGGCGAUGAUUGUGGAACACACAGCGCCUGCUCCCAAGGAAAUACCCAUAGACCUGCCAGUUUUGAAAAGAGUUGCUAGACCGCUGAGACAUGUCAAGUUCAUUCCAGUCAAGUCGCUUGCUUUCCAUUCCAAAACAGGUCCUAUGGAGUUUUCAUAUGAAAAGAAGAUCAAAACUCCUAUCCCUAAAAACAAAAUUGUAGUUCGAGUCAGUAACGUGGGCUUGAACCCUGUAGACAUGAAAAUCCGAAACGGUUACACAUCUGCCCUCUACGGUGAGAUUGGUUUGGGGCGCGAAUACAGCGGUGUCGUCACUGAAGUGGGGGAGAACUUGAAUUAUGCUUGGCAUGUGGGCGAUGAGGUGUAUGGUAUAUACUAUCACCCACAUUUAGCCGUGGGCUGUUUGCAGAGUUCCAUCUUGGUCGAUCCGAAAGUGGAUCCGGUCUUGUUGAGACCCGAUUCCAUCACCGCCGAAGAAGCCGCUGGAUCGCUAUACUGUCUGGCAACCGCGUACAACAUCCUAAACAAACUGUCCAAGAACAAGUAUCUGAAACCAGAGUCGAACAUCCUAAUCAAUGGUGGGACUUCGUCAGUCGGGAUGUUUGCCAUUCAAUUACUGAAACAUCAUUACAAAGUGCAGAAAAAACUGGUUAUUGUAACAUCGGCCAAUGGACCUCAGGUCUUGAAGAAGAAUUUUCCUGAUUUGGCUGAUGAAAUGAUUUUUAUCGAUUACUUAACCUGCAGAGGUAAAGCCAGUAAACCAUUAAGAAAAAUGCUUGAAGAAAAGAAGAUCUCCCAGUUCGAUUCAGUGACAGAUGCAGAAACCAUACUCACAUAUAAUGAGGGUAAGUUCGAUAUCGUACUUGACUUCAUCGGCGGUUACGAUAUUUUGAGUCAUUCCAGCUCGCUGAUUCAUGGUGGCGGUGCAUACGUUACCACCGUAGGCGACUACGUUGCCAAUUACAAAGAAGACAUUUUUGAUUCAUGGGACAAUCCAAGUGCCAAUGCUAGAAAAAUGUUUGGUUCUAUCAUCUGGUCAUACAAUUACUCACACUACUAUUUUGAUCCAAAUGCAAAGACUUCUUCCCCCAGCAACGAUUGGAUUGAACAAUGUGGCGAUUUUUUAAAGAAUGGUACUGUCAAAUGUGUCAUCGAUAAGACGUUCGAUUGGAAAGACCAUAAAGAAGCAUUUUCCUACAUGGCCACCCAGCGUGCUCAAGGAAAGUUGAUUAUGAACGUCGAAAAGUUUUAG